AAUUCCGAGAGAAUCAUGCUUCAAUUGAGAAUUUUUUUUUUUUUGGCUUGGGUUGUAUUGCGAUGAGCUCACGAUGGGUGUCUUUCCCAGCCAGUACCGGGGAAGUGACGGUUACCCCGGCUUUCCCUUCUUUUGCGGAAGGCAAUCCUCCAAUAGCAGCCUCGGCAUCGCAAGUGGUGGUGUAAUCCGCCCUCACAGUGAGUUACGGACCCAAGUGCCUUCCCGCAGCAAGAUAACCCUGAUUAGGGUAUCCAUUGCUUCUUUCAUGGUUCUAGACAGUCAGUAUCGGACGAUCCUUGCAGUAUCAGUCCCAGUCUUUGGGUCAUUCAUCCGUCCAGAGUUUUUCUUGCCCAUGUUGUUUCUUCCCCACACUUUGCAUGUUUAUAGCAACAUUGCUCCACAAGACCAUAUCAAAAGUUCCAAACGUCGGUGGCCUGGAAACCAACUCCCGGUUGAUUUGGUAACCCAUACCUUCUUGGUAUUAUUUUCUUUUUUCUUUUUUCCUUUUUUGCCCCCUUCUCCCAAUAAUAUUCUAGUAACACUCCCUUUUGCUAGGUCACUAAGGAUCGGCGACAGUACUUUUGCUGCUUAGUGCAUGAAGCUUCCAAAAAUUGAUAAUCCGAGACAACCAUGCCUGAGUUGAUAGCAUAGGUACGUAGACAAUCUUUUAGUUCGGAGCAUUCCAUCCACAGGAACCCAAGAUUCUUCGAGUAACCUGCCUCUUAGGCCAGAUCCACCCUCCUGGCCGGGGCAAGAUCCCCCUUACACCAAUUUAGGGGUCUCAUCGGCAAGCCGCUCAUGGUCAAGCGGGGCACAGGGGCCAAGCAUAAAAAUUCAUAUACAAAGAAAGGGUAGAUCAUCCCCUAGUCGGUCGGAGAAUAAGGAUCAAAUUAAAAUAGACUGGCUGUUGAGAUCCCGAUAAAUUAAGCUCCCC